UUUUGUGUGUGUGUGUAUGUAUCUUCAGGUAUCAGGGCUACAUUGGCGCUGCUCUGGUCCUUGGCGGAGUGGACUGUAAUGGACCUCACCUGUAUAGCAUUUACCCUCAUGGUUCCACUGACAAGCUGCCCUACGUCACUAUGGGCUCUGGCUCUCUGGCUGCCAUGGCUGUUUUUGAAGAUCGCUACAAGCCAGACCUGGAGGAGGAGGAAGCCAAGCGGCUGGUGCGUGACGCCAUCGCUGCAGGCAUCUUUAACGACCUGGGUUCUGGCAGUAACAUUGACCUCACCGUCAUCACCAAGGGCAACGUGGACUACAUUAGACCACACGAUGAGGCCAACAAGAAGGGGGUCAGACUAAAUGAGCUUGAGGCCUUGCAGCUAACCGGUGAUUACAAGUACAAAAGAGGAACAACUGCUGUGUUAUCGAAGUGUGUAACCCCGCUGGACCUGGAGGUGGUGGAGGAGUCCAUCCAAACCAUGGACACUUCCUAAAAUGUUUUUUUUUUUUUUGAUGUACCUCUCCCCUUUAGAACACCUGACACACACAUUAUGUCCAUGGUCAACAAUAAAGUUUCGAGUUGACAAAUUCAUUUUUUUUUUUUUUUUAAUCAAGAUCAACAUUUUAGUUCAA